AUGGGACACUGCAGGGUCUUGGGGUUGCUGCUGCUGCUGCUGCUGGUUUCCAUCUCCAGUUGCGUUGCAAAGUCCGACUGCGUGGUGAACAACUUCCACGUGAAGGAAGACUUCAACAAGACGCGGUAUGUGGGCAAAUGGCACGCCUUCGCAAAGAAGGACCCCGUGGGCAUUUUCCUGGAGAGCAACAUUCAUGCCGAGUUCAAGAUUGAAAACGAGACGAUGACGGCCAAAGCCACUGGCCUGGUCACUUUACUACCGGAAUGGAUCGUGUGCGCUGAAAUGAUGGGAACGUUCAACAAUACUGAGAACCCCGCCAAGUUCAAGCUGAAAUACUGGGGGGCAGCUGAGCACCUGCAGAAAGGCAAUGAUGAUCACUGGAUUAUUGACACCGAUUAUGACAACUAUGCCAUCACAUACACAUGUCGAAAACUGAAUGAUAAUGGAACUUGUGCAGAUAGUUAUUCGUUUGUUUUCUCGCGGGAUCCUGAAGGACUAACCCCUGAAGCACAGCGAGUUGUCCGAAAGUGGCAGGAUCAUCUCUGCCUGGCAUUCCGAUAUAAGCGUGUUGCUCAAAAAGGUAAAUACAAUGGAUUUCGAUAA